UGUCAGAUUGUAACUAGUUUGUGUUUUGUUUUCAAAACGGAUUCCCUCUCGUUUGUAAAUAAUGUGUAGGUGAGUUUCAUGUGGAAUGCAUUAAAUGUUAGACGAAUUAGAAGAGCGAUGGCGGAAAACGGGAACAGGAAGAAAAUCUAUGGGGAAAGCAAGGAGAGAAAGGAGGAUAUCCUGUUGCAACAUGCAGAAAUCGCUGUGUCAGAGUCUGAGAAGAGAGCCAAUGGAUCACUAAACCUGCGAGAAUUCUACACAGUUUAUCUAAUAGAGACUAAAGCCACUGAUCCAGAGUUUCAAAACAAGAUCUCUAAAUUGGAUACGGUAUGGAGGAGGUAUACCGAGUUCGAGCAGUUGAGGGAUUAUUUGGAGGUGACAUAUCCGUAUGUGGUGCUACCGCCCUUGCCGGAAAAACGGGUUAUGUUCGGAUGGCAGAAGCUUUCCACGGACACCUUCGAUCCAGAUUUCAUCGAUAGAAGGCGAGCCGGUCUUGAGAACUUCUUGUUGCGUGUCGCUGCACAUACAGUUCUUUCAUGGGAUAAGAAUUUCAUGGAAUUCCUACAACAUGAAGAUGGUUGGAGGGAAUCUUAUAAGGCUAACGGCUAUUUACAAAUUGCUGAGAGUAAAUUGAAGGCUUUGAACGUUUCCGUGCGUCUUAAGAACACCGAUUCUAAAUUCGACAGUUUGAAAGUAUAUUCAGGGACGUUCCAUACGAACAUCUACAAUUUACUCAAGGCCAGAUCUCGCGUAGCUGAAAAACAGUACAACGUGUAUAAACUGCACGCUAAUUACGGCCGCGUAUUUAGCGAGUGGUCUGCCAUAGAGAAAGACAUGGGGGAUGCUUUGCAGAAGACUGGACACUAUCUCGAUUCCUUGGCUUCAAGUAUUGAUGCCAGUUUGGAGGAUGAAGAGUUAUUGGUGGAUCAAUUCAAAGAGUACUUAUUCUUCGCUAACUCUUUGUCCAGCGUGUGCAAACACAGGGAAAUGUUGCAGUACGAAGUGGAAACGUCCGAAGAGAGUGUAGCAUCUAAGAACGUGGAAAGGGUUAAAGCCCAGCAAGGAAAGCUGGGAAUGAUGUCUAGGCUUUUCGGCGCCGUCGAUACGGACGAAGUUCGAGAGCUGAAAGUCAAUAUGUUGGAUCAGCAAAUCCAGGAGGGCGAAACCGUUGUUAACAGUGCAAAUGUUAAAUUAAGUACUUUCACUGAUAAUGCGAUCAAAGACAUCGACAGAUUCCAAAGUCAGAAGGUGAGCGACUUAAAAGAUACCCUCGCGUCUUUCGUGUUGCUGCAACUGAAAACUGCCAAAAGGGGUCUCCAAACGUGGGUGCAAAUUCGAGAUUGUCUUCAGAAUAUUCCGUAAACGUGAUAUUUACUUAAGUUUAUUAUUUAUUCAAUAGU